UCAUUGAAGAGAGACCAUGAUGGCGGCGGCCGUGGCGGCAGGGGGGGCCCCCGAGGUGAUCGCCCAGCUGGAGAACGCGGCCAAAGUGCUGAUGGCACCACCUUCCAUGGUCAAUAAUGAACAACGCCAACAUGCCGAGCACAUAUUCUUAUCAUUUAGAAAAUCAAAAUCACCAUUUGCUGUUUGCAAACACAUCUUGGAAACUAGUAAAGUGGACUAUGUUCUUUUUCAAGCUGCUACAGCUAUAAUGGAAGCAGUUGUAAGGGAAUGGAUUCUAUUGGAAAAAACUAGCAUCGAAUCACUGCGCACAUUCCUUCUAACCUAUGUCUUACAAAGGCCGAACCUUCAAAAGUAUGUUCGGGAGCAGAUUCUGCUGGCAGUAGCGGUCAUAGUGAAACGGGGAUCAUUAGACAAAUCAAUCGACUGCAAAAGCAUCUUUCAUGAAGUCAGCCAGCUGAUCAGCAGUGGUAAUCCCACUGUGCAAACUUUGGCCUGUUCCAUUUUAACGGCGUUGUUGAGCGAGUUCUCAAGUUCAAGUAAAACCAGCAACAUUGGACUAAGCAUGGAGUUCCAUGGUAACUGUAAACGUAUAUUUCAGGAGGACGAUCUGCGGCAGAUCUUCAUGCUCACAGUAGAGGUACUUCAGGAAUUCAGCAGACGUGAAAACCUCAAUGCUCAGAUGUCUUCAGUGUUUCAGCGUUAUCUUGCACUAGCCAAUCAGGUCUUAAGCUGGAACUUCCUUCCUCCGAAUUUGGGCAGACAUUAUAUAGCUAUGUUUGAAUCCUCACAAAAUGUGAUGCUAAAGCCAACAGAAUCCUGGCGUGAGACCCUCCUGGACAGCAGAGUUAUGGAGCUUUUCUUUACAGUACACCGAAAAAUCAGAGAAGAUACAGAUAUGGCCCAAGAUUCAUUACAGUGUCUGGCACAGCUGGCAUCUCUGCAUGGCUCAGUCUUUCCUGACGAAGGUUCACAAAUUGAUUACCUGGCACAUUUCAUUGAGGGAUUACUGAAUACUAUCAAUGGAAUUGAAAUAGAAGACUCUGAAGCAGUUGGAAUUUCCAGUAUUAUCAGCAACCUGAUAACUGUAUUUCCUCGCAAUAUUUUAACUGCCAUUCCAAAUGAACUUUUCUCUUCAUUUGUUAACUGCCUCGCCCAUCUCACUUGUUCUUUUGGAAGAAGCGCUGCCUUGGAAGAAGUGCUUGAUAAAGAUGACAUGGUAUAUAUGGAAGCAUAUGAUAAGUUGCUGGAAUCUUGGCUUACUUUGGUACAAGAUGACAAACAUUUCCAUAAGGGUUUCUUUACCCAACAUGCUGUUCAGGUCUUUAAUUCUUACAUUCAGUGCCAUCUAGCUGCUCCUGAUGGUACAAGGAAUUUGACUGCCAAUGGUGUGGCCUCUCGGGAAGAAGAAGAAAUCAGUGAACUGCAGGAGGACGACAGAGACCAGUUCUGUGACCAGCUGGCCAGUGUUGGCAUGCUAGGAAGAAUUGCUGCAGAACACUGUAUACCUCUUCUUACAAGUUUAUUAGAAGACCGAGUGACAAGGCUCCAUGGUCAGUUGCAAAGACAUCAGCAGCAGUUGCUUGCCUCACCUGCAUCAGGCUCAAUUGACAAUAAAGUGCUUGAUGACCUGUAUGAGGAUAUUCAUUGGCUUAUUUUAGUCACAGGCUACCUCUUGGCUAAUGAUACUCAGGGAGAGACUCCGCUAAUACCUCCAGAAGUCAUGGAAUAUUCCAUUAAGCAUUCAACUGAAGUUGACAUCAAUACAACGCUUCAAAUUCUGGGAUCUCCAGGAGAAAAGGCCUCUUCCAUCCCAGGGUACAACAGAACUGAUUCUGUAAUAAGGUUGUUAUCUGCUAUUUUAAGAGUGUCAGAAGUAGAAUCUCGAGCAAUAAGAGCAAAUCUUACACAUCUUCUGAGCCCCCAGAUGGGCAAAGAUAUUGUAUGGUUCCUCAAGCGUUGGGCAAAGACUUACCUCCUAGCAGAUGAAAAACUGUAUGACCAGAUAAGUCUGCCAUUUAGUACAGCAUUUGGUGCUGAUACAGAGGGUUCCCAGUGGAUUGUGGGUUACCUUUUAGAAAAAGUGAUCAGUAACCUGGCAGUGUGGAGUUCAGAGCAGGACCUUGCAAAUGAUACUGUACAACUGCUAGUAACAUUAGUGGAAAGGAGAGAGCGGGCAAACUUGGUUAUUCAGUGUGAGAACUGGUGGAAUUUAGCUAAACAGUUUGCAAGGCGAAGCCCUCCUCUUCACUAUUUGUCUAGUUCUGUGCAGAGAACACUAAUGAAAGCUUUAGUUUUAGGAGGUUUUGCUCAUAUGGAUACAGAAAUGAAACAACAAUACUGGACAGAGGUUCUUCAACCACUUCAGCAGCGUUUCUUGAAUGUGAUAAACCAAGAAAACUUUCAGCAGAUCUGCCAAGAGGAGGAGGUGAAACAGGAAAUCACAGCUACAUUAGAAGCGCUCUGUGGCAUUGCUGAGGCUACUCAGAUCGACAACGUAGCGAUUCUCUUCAAUUUCCUAAUGGACUUCCUUAAUAAUUGCAUUGGAUUGAUGGAAGUGUACAAAAACACACCAGAGACUGUUAAUCUCAUAAUAGAAGUCUUUGUUGAAGUUGCACAUAAACAAAUCUGUUAUCUUGGAGAGGCCAAAGCCAUGAACUUGUAUGAGGCCUGCCUAACUCUGCUCCAGGUGUAUUCAAAGAAUAAUCUAGGUCGACAACGGAUAGAUGUUACAGCAGAGGAAGACCAGUACCAGGAUCUCCUUCUUAUUAUGGAGCUUCUCACUAAUCUUCUAUCAAAAGAAUUCAUUGAUUUCAGUGAUACAGAUGAAGUAUUUAGAGGACACGAGCCUGGGCAAGCUACAAACAGAACUGUAUCAGCUGCAGAUGUUGUCUUAUAUGGGGUUAAUCUAGUUCUGCCUCUAAUGUCUCAGGAUCUGCUGAAGUUUCCAUCGCUAUGUAAUCAAUAUUACAAACUAAUCACUUUCAUCUGUGAGAUAUUCCCUGAGAAAAUCCCACAACUUCCAGAGGACCUCUUCAAGAGCCUAAUGUACUCACUGGAGUUAGGGAUGUCAUCAAUGAGUUCUGAGGUUUGCCAGCUCUGUCUGGAGGCUGUAACACCGCUAGCAGAACAGUGUGCAAAAGCACAAGAAACAGAUUCAGCCCUCUUUCUAGCAACAAGGCACUUUCUUAAGAUGGUCUUUGAUAUGCUGGUACUUCAGAAGCACAAUACAGAAAUGACAACUGCAGCAGGUGAAGCAUUCUACACAUUAGUGUGUUUGCAUCAGGCUGAAUAUUCAGAGUUAGUUGAAACCUUACUAUCAACUCAACAAGAUCCAGUAAUCUACCAGCGAUUAGCAGAUGCCUUCAACAAGCUUACUGCAAGCAGCACUCCUCCUACACUGGACCGUAAGCAGAAGAUGGCCUUCUUAAAGAGUUUAGAAGAAUUUAUGGCAAAUGUUGGUGGACUUCUCUGUGUAAAAUAAACAACAAAACUCUAUGCCUAAUUUAGACCCUUUCUGCAAAAUGCACUGAGAAACGCUGAAUGCUGACUAAAUCUUGUACCUGUCUCUGGGUUCUUUGCAGCCAUCUCAGAUUCUAGAGAGUCUGGAAGUUUGAACAUACAUAACACAGUGGAAUAGGAGAGGUCAACUUCAAAUCAGCUUCUGCUAUUAUGUGUUAGCUGCAAUCUGUCAUACUUGUGUGUGGGAGAGAAUGAACAGAAAAUGAGAAUUUAAUUUUUUUUCCAUAUAUGUGCAAACAGAUAUGGGCACAAUGAAAAAUAAAUUCAGUGCCUUUUUCCCCACUGGUUUAAAAUGAGUGUCCAGAUAAACGUGCAGAUUUCUUUUCUACCCAGAAUUAUGUUAGAGUGUGAUGCAAAUACAUAAAAAGCUCUAAACAGUUUAGCUGAUUUUAAGCUUUAUUUUUUUCCUCUCUAAAGUUUGAGUUUGGUGUUCCAAUGGGGAGAAAAAAAGAAUGGUGUUUUAACUUGUGUUUAGUUUUGUUUUUCUAGAUCAACCUGACAUUACGUGUCAAACCUGUAAUGCAGGUUUUUACAUUAUGUUCUGCUGCCUAAAGUUCAGAAGAAAAAAGGUGUAUAUUUUUGUUCCCCUAAAAUGAACUUUAGGAUCUGCAGCCAUUUCAUUGCCUUAAUUUAAAAGAAAAAAAAACUUCAUAUACUUACAGAACUUAAGGCAAGAUUUGACUCUUCAGAGUUGGUUUAGGAUGUUGGCAUUAAGCUGCCGUGUGCCUGUUGCAGCCCUUCACACAGACAGGUGUCAUUUUGGAGUUGAGUGUGAUGCAAGGUUCACGCGUAGUUUUACUUUCAGCAUCGGUUUGAUUCACAUCCAGGCUACGCGCAACUGCAAUGUAUUUCUACACUGAGCUCUUUGCUCAAGCAAUAACAACUCAAAAGGUCUAAAUUGCUGACUUACAGACCUUUCAAAGUUGGGGCAUUAGCUAAAACACUUGUGCUAGAACAGUGGUAGCAAACCCUUUGACUCGAGGCCGUGCUUACUUGACUCUGGUCAAGAAAGGUAACUGGGAUGUGCAGUGCUGUGGGGGAUUUGGGUUUUGCUGAAUGUAGCUCUGCCUCUGUAGAGCCAUCCCAGCUGCUCUGCUCUUGCUCAUUUUUUGUCAGCACUUCAGUGGUUAUGACAGCAGAACAGCAGAGUUUAGUGGACCAACAAGGAAGAGUAGCACACGAACACAAAAGCGAAGCCUGUUUUGUCUCCAGUCACGAGCCUGAGAAAACUGAAGCAAACACAAAUGUUGCACGCCGAGUAAAAUCGGUUUUAGUGGAAAUGGAGGCAGAAGUUGGCUCUUUUGUUUAACACCUCUGCUAGAUUGUUGUUGAACAUUUCCCAUGUUUUUUGAAUUUCUGUAGAAUGUACAGUGCACACCUUUGUGUGGCUAUGUACAGCAUCAUGUUUGCAACUCAGUGCCAUCCUUCAGCUGUUCAUCUCAUAAAUAGUCACAAUAGCCAGAAUGUUAAAAAGACAAAUCUGUAAUACUGUGCUAUAAGUGAUCUAAGACUUUAUUUCUCAGUUAAAUCCACACCUCUCUCAAGUGAGGACCCACAAGGCCAAAAAAGCCAUCUCUUCAUUACACAUUUCUCUUAAUUUAUGUGAAAGCUGGGCCCGGUCAGAUUUACGCAUGAGAAAGUGACCAUAAAACUUACUAGAUCAUAUACGUUCCCUGUGAGUGUUUUAUUUCUAACAUAAUUUGCAUAUUUUUUUACAACAGGGAGGGGUGUUGCACUCUAUUUUUCCCUGAAGCUGUAGUGCUUUCCUUCAAAAAAAUACCCCAAAAAACUCCUGACUGUGUACUUGCUCAAAUGAUAACGAUCCCAGCAGAUUGAUAUUUUUUAAUUAGCUUGGUUUUUUUGCUAUGAUUCUGAAACUGCUUCUGGUGUUUCUCUGAACCGGUAUGUUGCACAGGGUGACUGGGGGCAUUAAAGCCUGGGAACAGAAGGAGCUCAAAGAGCUGCUGCUGGUUCGUUACAAUGCAGGUGAUGCCAAAUAUGUAGGCCAAUGCCUUCAAAGAGAUCGUGGCAAAUACCUUCAACUUAUUUGGAUCUGACUGGAUAAUCAAUGCUCCUCUACAACUAGCUGUGCCACUGUCACUUUUUUAAAGCUGUUUCAAUAUUCAGAAAUAUAACUGCACAUUUGUGACAUUAUCAUAAGUAUUAUAAGUGAUUGGGAUACAAAUGGAGUUAGUAUUCAGAACAAAUUCACGUGCAUACCCAUUACUUUCUACUCAGGCCCGCUGUAUUGUAACAAGUGCUGAUGCACGCCUUAGUUUGUCUAUCAAGACCUGCUAAAGUAUGAAGAUUUACUUUCAAAAACACAUUUUGAAGAUUGUUUAAAACUUUUGUUUAUCCCUCUAUUUAAAAUUGAUGUUAUGUUAAAGGGAAACUGUCCCAGAGAGCGCUUUGUGUGAUUUUUGUGCUUAAUGUUACGUGGAACAACGCUGUUCUUUUUAAUUUUUCUUCUGCUCUUGUCUGUUCAGCACGGAUCUUUCGUUGCCAGAUGAUUUUUCUUUCAGAGCAUGUGCAAAGAUGUCUCCACUUAGUGACACUCAUGAAAUUCCCAGAACGUUUUUCAAAGAUGAGUUCUCUGAAUUCAUACCCCUGGCUAGGUGGCUACUUCUGCCUAAACUAUUUUGCUUGUAUAUCCCUUCCACAACCCCAACAAAAACAAAGCACCGCAUCCAGUUGCUGUGAGCGUGUAUUGUUCGUUCAAGUCCUCAGAACAGCGCCAAGGACGGCUUUCAGCGCACCUUGAGAGCUGGCUCCAAGUAAUGGUCCUGAAAUAGCGAUAGCAUCACUGCAUUGAUUUUCCAUUCAGCAUACAAAGGGAGUAGUGGUUUUGAAAAGGCACUUGUUUCUUGAAAGAAAACAUCCAAAAAGGCCAUGUCAAACUGAAUUGCAAAUGCUGCAUGAUGUAAUUGUAACAAACUUUAUUUGUCUAGGCAUAAUAUUGCAAGAACAGAUUAUUGCUCCUAUGUUUUUCUUCUGAGGGUAGAAAUCCAGUAGCUUCUUUCCCAUUUUUCCAGCCCUUCCCCAUCAUCAUAGCUAUUUUUAAUGCUACCACAGUAACUUUCUGUUGUUCAGCCUAUAGAUUUUGAUGCUGGCAAGCAUGACUAUCUGCUUGGGUCGUGAAAUUCAAGACUUUGAAAGCACAGACACAUGGGCAGGGAGAAGUGAACUGCAUUACACCUCUGCUUUCAUGCACAUAAUGCCUUAACUACCUUUGCCGGGUUACCACAAGAAUCUGCUACAUCUUAUUGCCCCCAGGUUUGUGUUUCGCUGUUCAGAGAUAAAGGGCUCACGGUUUUCCUCAGGAACGAGAAACUUGUUUUCUCAGCAUGUCCAAAUCCUACGAGUUCAACAUGAGGGGUUUGAAGCUGGAGUAUCUCUUUGAUAGUGCAUUGCACUUGGUAAAACCCCAAUGUUUACCUGGGUAAAUCCCGUUGUAUUUAAGCCAUGUAGUUUUAGAAAAUAAGCUUGCUUGGAGUAGUCGGUUGUCCAUUUAAAAUUUAAUUCUUUAAAAGGUAAUGUAAAUUCUAACUUGUGAUCCGUGAAAACUAUUACAAAGAGACAAUUGCAGCAUUUCUUUUAUAAGACUCUUCAAGUAAUUUCAGUUAAAUAAUUACGUAAGAGAGGUGUUCUUUACGGAAGUAGCUUGAUGAAUAUAAGCGCAGGAGUAGGAGCCAGGCUCCUCUAAUUUUGUAUCAGUUUUUCCACUGGGUCCUCUGUGGCCAUUGGCACGUCGCUAAAUCUGUGUCUUUGUAAAAACAGCGAUGGUACCUACCUACCUCACAGGGGUGUUGUGAGGGUUAGCUUAUGCCUAUAAAAUGCAUUGAGGAUCGGAAAUGCUAUGUAAAUAUUAAAUAUUUUAAUUUUAGUUUUGCGAGGUGUAAGAUUUACUGUCAUGAAAACAGGAGGUUUUUGUAAUUAUAAAGCCGUAGAGGCAGCGGCAGAACGGUGUUCUGCAAGAAUGGUCCACUGCAGUCCAGUGCUGCUGCCUGUCUGCAGUGGCUGCCUCAGUUACAGUGGUGGCUCCUUCUAAGACGCGAUUCCCCACCGCGGUGCCUCGGUUCUGCUCUAAAUAGAAAAAACAGGAGGAGGACAGUUGUUAGGUAUCCAGGCUUUGGUGCUGCUGCUUCUCUCAAGUGCUUCUCAUGGUGGUAGGUUUAUUGCCUUUUUUUUUAAUGCUUUUUUGCAAUGAACAAACAUGAAUUGUCUCUCCCACGUCUCUCAAGUUUCUCCCACUGUCACUCGAGUUCUGCUCAGUGUAACUAGAGCCUGGUGGCAGUGAUUAACACACGAAGAGCCAGCCCUCCAAAACCUCUACAUUGCUUCUAGUAUAAAAUCGUGCCCUCGGCAGUACAUGAGAUUAAAGCUCCCUAGCACAGAUGAUGAAGCAAAUGAUGUGAUUUGCUGUAGAGCCUUAAGCAGCCACCUGUCUUAAAAAAAUUAAGAAAACAAAAAGCAAUGUGAGAUUUACUGGGGCUCAAGCAACUGAGAAAUAAGAUGUCCCUGGCCUGCCCUCCUCCUCAGUGAGUUAAAGCAAGUGCUGCUUUUUCAUUUCGUCCCAUUUCCUAUCCUGCUUUUCAUGUUCCUUGAGCCAUUAUAAAAGACUGGGAAGGCUCUCCCAGCCUCAGUGGAAGAUCAUACUCGUGCACUUUUCCAUCUAUUACUGCUCGAUAGUUGAAAAUGAUUUUAAAAAGCAAACAUACAGCCAAGCUUUCUAAUAACACUGCUCAGCGUGUUUGAAUCUCUCACUGAACAAUUCUAAAUUUUAUAAUGAAGAAAAAAUCCCCUUUUAUUUGUUCUCUUUGUGCAAAAUGAGGAACGUCCAUGCAGUAACCAUGCAGCUUUAAGGCAGUAAAUGCUAGGACUGCUGGCAAUCAAACGUGUAAAUAUUUAAAUGUACAAGUCAGUACUAUGUUGAGUUUAUAUAUCAUGAAAAGCAGGGAUUGAAGCGCUAGUUAAUUUCAUGUCUUGUUUUACCUGUACAGUUGACGGUACAAAGUUGCAUAGACUUAUUUCAUAGUUUAUUGCAAUGAACCUUGGGAAGCAGCCAUGUAGUCAGGCUGAAUUUUCAGUUUUGAAGUGAAAACUCCGUAUUUUUAAGAUCUGUAAACAGGAGGAGGAUCAAAAUGUUUUCCCCUAAGAGCUUUUAUUUUGUUUUGGCCACGUGUGAUGUGUGUUUUAUUGUUUAUCAUGUUCCGAAGUCCCACCUGUGUUGAACCCCUGCUAUUUCACUUGUGAUCCUUCCUUAUGGCAGGAGCCAGCAGAGGGCCGUUAUGGAACUGGGAGCUAAGCACCAGCAGGGGCUGUGUGAACGAGCAGACCUUGGUUCAAGUUGCUGGAGAAAAUUCAGGUUAAUAUCAGCACUUAUGGGCAUGAGUUCCAACAAAAAGAACCAUGGUGGGUGUGGGUGUGUGAGGGACGCAGCGCACCAGAGUGCCAGAGAGGUCCUAGAAGUGGCUGGGAACAUAAGAACAAAUUUACCUUCCCCCUCUCAAAAGAAACAAUGUGACUUUUCAGGCCUGCUGGUAGUGUCUGUAUUCCCAGAAGGAAGGCUGAUUUCUGGCUCUUAUAUUUUGCGUGUAGAUUAAAUUUAAACAGUUCUGAGGAUGUGUGGCAUGGAAAUGUUCGCCAAACUCGUGUCUGUUCCCAUGUAAAUUACAUCCAACUGUAUGCUACUUUAUGUGUUUUGGAAAAGCUUGGUUACAGGCAGCAGCUCCUAAUGUUCUGUAAUGUGAUUAUGUUUGGGAAAACUACAGCUGUGCUGCUCUGUUCCCCUCUUCCUCUCACGCAUUCACAUUGGUUUUUUAAGGAAGAAAAAUUCUCGAAGCCUGGAAGUAAAACUCCGUGACAGCUGUGGUGUUGGCAGCUCGCUGUAACCUUGGCCGUUAUGUAUCACUGCAAUUGUACUGGUUUCUAAAGUUCAGUUAUUGCAACCAUACCUUGAUAUUGGCCUGCUUUAGUUCAGUGACUCUUCUGGUGAAGGACAGGAACGUCAAAGGUAAUUUUGAGCAAGUCCCUGAGAACAGCUGGCAAAGUCCCUGAGAGCAGCAGCACAUCCAACAGCCUUGCGUGUAGAAAAUGGAAAUAUUUUACCUUAAAUACGAGGUCUGGAAUAAACUUGAAUGAUUUGGGUACAAAA